AUGGCCAUGGCCCGUGAGCCGUCCCGCCGUUCAUCAAUGGCCUCGCACCUGAAGAUGCCCACGCCGAUCCAGCGUUCCAUCGUUGCGGAAUACAGCGAUGCCGUCUACAACCCCGGGGCCAUCCCCAAGAUCCCUCUUAGAGUGCCUCAGAGGCAGUCUCGACGAAGCCUGUACAACGUGCCACCUUCCCAGUUGAGUCCGUAUGUCCCUCCUUCGCCCGCCAGCAGCAGCAGCAGUAGCAGCAGCAGCACCAUCACCAUCACGAGCACGGGGCACUUGUCUCCUCCUCUGACGGCGGACUCGACCGUUGAAGAACUGAAGGAGGAGAGGGACACACCCCACGAGGCCGAGGAGCUGGACGAGAAGAACUGGUUUGCGCAGAGAAGACGGUCUCGACGGUUCUUGGCCAUUGUGGGCGUUGUGACGCUCGUCACCAUGGCGGCAUUGGCAGUCGGCCUAUCUCUUGGCUUGAGAAACAAAGUCUCUACGCAAGGCAGUCAAGUUCAGGACGAGGGAGAUGGGGAUGACCCAGACCCCCGGCUCCCCGUUGGCACAUUUGCUUUCCAGACCUCCCUCGGCGACGUGGACGCCGACUGCACGUCCAAAAGCACAACCUGGAGCUGCAAUCCCACGACGCAGGACGGCCCAGUCGUCUUCCGCUGGACCCUGUCACGGCCCAACUCCCACAACUACACCGUCACGGCUACCGAGAGCUCCUUUGGUCCCAGCUUUGCCAACCUCAGCAUGAGGGUCCGCGACUACAGGAAACCCACGGAGCGCCUCGAGUUCUCGUUUCUGAUGAACAAGACCGUCACGCCGUCUGACGCUUCGUCUGCGACCAACCGCGCCGCGAGAUGCGUGUACAAAAACGUUAGAUUCGAGGCCGCGCUGUAUACCAGGAGGCGCGGCAAUGCGACCGUCGAUCCUCCCGCGCACCCCGUCAAUCCUCAUGCCGCUUGGCCAGGAGACGUGGAGAUUGUCCAGCUCUUCAGCUCGACGACCGGCGAGCCUGCCUGUCGAGAUGCCUUGCGACACCCAGUUCCAGAAGUCACCGCCGGCACGGGCGAUUGUCGAUGUCGGUACUCCAGCGUGGAUAGCUGGUAA